GCGCCUUCCCACUAGUGUUUAGUUCAGCGCGAGCAGCAGCGGUCCCCCUUUCCACAGCUGGAUUACUCUCACUCACUGCAGCCCAGAGAUGCCUCGUUCCUUCAUGGUGAAGAGUAAGAAGGCGCACAGCUACCACCAGCCGCGCAGGCUGGAGGAGGACUACAGCCGGCUGGACACUAUACUGGCGCACAUCUGCUCAGAUGCUGACAGUCCGCCGUGUGAGCUCUCAGAAGCGGACCAGCUGCAGGAGGACGCCGACAUGUCUGCGGACAGGUACGGCCUUUCCCCGGACUCUCACCUGGCGGACGCCGCAGAUUUCUCCCCGAAGUCCCCGCUGAGCUGCGCCGACAGUCUGUGCGGCUCCCCGGAAUAUGAGGACUACUGGAGGCCUCCGUCCCCCUCUGCAUCCCCGGCAGACUCAGAGAAGUCCAUGUCUCCUCUGGUGGAUGAGACGCAGCCCUUCUCCGUUCCUUUCCGGCCGUACGCCUGGAGCAGCUUCCCGGGGCCCGGGCUGAGGCCGCCGCUGCUGCAGCAGAGCCUCCACCCCGGUCUGGAGGUGGACAGGGGCCCGGCGGCGCUGGGCUUCUACGGGGACCGGAGCAGCCACCCGGCGCUGUAUGCAGAGAGGAGUCUGGGAGAGGAGGCUUACAGGAGGCACGCGGCGGCUCUGCUGUUUCCGGAGGGCGGCCUGCACGGGAAGAGCCACAGCGCGAAGGCCCCGGCUGACCUGCUGUGCUCCAGCCUUAUCCUCAACGGGGCUUUCAAGUGCAUCAAGUGCAGUAAGGUGUUUUCUACUCCGCACGGUCUGGAGGUCCAUGUCCGCAGAUCGCACAGCGGCACUCGGCCGUAUGCGUGCGACAUCUGCGGUAAAACCUUCGGACACUCAGUCAGCCUGGAGCAACAUAAAGCCGUGCACUCUCAGGAAAGAAGUUUCGACUGCAAGAUAUGCGGUAAAAGUUUUAAGAGGUCGUCGACUCUGUCUACGCACCUGCUCAUCCACUCCGACACCCGGCCGUACCCCUGCCAGUACUGCGGGAAGAGGUUCCACCAGAAGUCAGACAUGAAGAAACACACGUUCAUCCACACAGGUGAGAAACCACACAAAUGCCAGGUGUGUGGGAAAGCGUUCAGUCAGAGCUCCAACCUCAUCACGCACAGCAGGAAACACACCGGCUACAAACCCUUCUCCUGCGACCUGUGCGGGAAAGGUUUCCAGAGGAAGGUGGAUCUGAGGAGGCACAAGGAGACACAGCACGGACUGAAGUGAAGAGACCUCUGAACACCAUGUCUUCAAUCAUUAUUCUUCAAAAGAGUGAGGACAUCUGACAGACAUUUCAAGUUCGCCUUUUUUCAGAAUGGCUGCAGUUUGAGGACAUUUCUUGGAUCAAUUUGAUCUUCUUUGUAAAUGUGAAAGUGCAUUGGAAAUAUGUAUAGUAUUUAUUUAUUUUAUUAAAGAAAAAAGGUAUAUGUUUCACUAAAUAAGCCUUCUUCUGACGGAUUUCAAAUGAGAGGAUUCAAACACUAACUAGCAGGUUGUUCUAAAAAACCGGAAAACCAGAGAUAAGCAUGUGAACUGUGAGAAAUGCAGAUAUGAUUAAAUAAAUGUAUCAUGUUUGUUAUGUCGACAAAUCAGCUUAAUUUAACCCAAAAUAUGAGUGCCCCCACAAACCGGAUUACGAUAGGCCGCACAGAUGAAAAUCUGCGCCUCUCCAAAAAAGAGCCGAGGCACUUUGUUGUCAGUGAGACAUGCUGGCACAACAGCCUCAUUGAGGGAUUUCAUCAACAAGAGGGUUAUUCGGAGUUAAAAACGAAGCUUCUCAUGUUUCCAUUUUGCACUAUUUAUUGUCAGAAUGAACUUCUU